CACACUCACACGAACAUGAAGCCUCAAAUCGCUCAUAUGGAACAAAGGCCAAAUGCGCCGCCGGUGCCUCAUGUUCUCGUAUUUCCCUUACCGGCUCAGGGACAUGUCAACUCCAUGCUCAAGCUAGCCGAGCUUCUUGCCCUUGCCGGCCUCCAAGUCACCUUCCUCAACACAGAUCACAACCACGAUCGCCUCGUCCGUUACACCAAUGUCCAAGCCCGUUUCGCACGCUUUCCUGGAUUCCAAUUCAAGACCAUCACUGACGGCCUUCCGGCCGAGCACCCACGAGCCGGUGACCACUUCAUGGAGAUGUUUGGUACCUUAAAAUCGGUAACUAAGCCUCUAUUUAGAAACAUGCUGUUUUCGGGUCAAUCAAAUUCAGUUAGUAGUGGACGGCCAGUGACUUGCAUCAUAGUGGAUGGGAUCUUGAGCUUUCCUAUUGAUGUCGGCGACGAACUUGGCAUUCCCGUUAUUCAUUUCCGUACCAUCAGCGCUUGCUGCUUCUGGGCUUACUUUUGUAUUCCAGAUAUAAUUGAGGCGGGUGAGCUUCCCAUUAGAGGAAAUGGAGACAUGGAUCGCCUUAUAACCAGUGUGCCAGACAUGGAAACUUUUCUCCGGUGCCGAGACCUCCCGAGUUAUUGCCGAGUCAGCAACCUGGCAGACCCGAAUCUCCAACUCGCUGCGGACGAGACCAGACAAUCCCCUCGAGCCCGUGCUCUCCUUCUCAACACGUUUGAAGAACUAGAAGGACCUGUACUCUCCCAUAUAUGCACUCGGUGUCCCAAAAUCUAUACCAUUGGACCCCUCCAUUUACUCUUGAAACUCAAACUUGGAUGCAAAACGACCACGUUGCAGUCUGAGUCUUCGAACAGCCUCUUCAAAGUGGACAGAAGCUGCAUGACGUGGCUUGACGCUCAGCCAUUGAAGUCUGUAGUCUACGUGAGCUUUGGAAGCAUUGCAAAGAUGACAAAGAACGAGCGGAUGGAGUUUUGGUAUGGUUUGGUUAAUAGCAAACAGCGGUUCUUAUGGGUCAUACGGCCAGGCAUGGUGGACGACGGAAAAGAUGGUGAUAGUCAGACUCCGGCGGAGCUGGUGGAGGGGACGAAGGAGAGGGGAUAUCUGGUGGGUUGGGCCCCACAAGAGGAGGUCCUGGCCCACCCAGCCAUUGGUGGGUUCUUAACCCACAGUGGGUGGAACUCAACCUUAGAGAGUAUAGUGGCUGGGGUGCCCAUGCUUUGCUGGCCAUACUUUGCCGAUCAGCAAGUGAAUAGCAGGUUCGUGAGUGAGGUUUGGAAGCUUGGGAUGGACAUGAAGGAUACCUGUGAUAGAGUUAUUGUGGAAAAGAUGGUAAAUGAUCUGAUGGUGGAGAAGAGGGAGGAGUUACUGAAAUCAACGGUUGAGAUGGCUAGGUUGGCCAGAGAAAGUGUGAGUGAGAGUGGAUCUUCUUAUUGCAAUUUCGAGCGUUUGAUCGAGGAUAUAAGGUUGAUGCGCUAGGCUGCAAAAGACUAUCUUCAAGACUUCAACCAUUAAAACAGUCUAGACUUUUUCAAUAAAAAACUUUUACUGUCUAGACACCUUUUUUUUUUCUUUUUUUUUCUCGUAAUCUAAGAUGAAAAUUGUUUUUAGGUAUUUUAUUAGUGUGUAUUUGGCAUUGUUUGUUAAUAUUUUUAUUAGUAUGUAUUUGGCAUUGUGUAUUAGUGUGUAUUUGACUUUGCUUUUUUUA